AUGGAAGAAAAGAGAGCUUCCCUAGUGGAGGAUAUCAACGCAGUUCCUCAAGAUCACGUGGGCCCGACAGAUUUGCGCACCGGCUAUAUCCACCACUGCCUGGUCAAGUUGUCGGGCUUGCUUGUGACGGAGCUGCGGCUGCUUUACUCUCAGGGCAAGAUCCUAGUGCUGCAUUCAGGAUACUCGAGCAAGGACGCGGUGCACUUGCUGCGUCUCUUGAUGAGGUACGUGCCGACACCUUUGAACCAAGGAAAGAGUAUCCUGAGCUGGCAGAUCAAUUCAUUCGUAUCCAAAACGAAUUGA